CUUCUUGUUCCGCCCAUCAGCAGCGACAAACGGCAUUUUCCAAAYUCACAUGGCAGAUCUUCCUUUCAGAUCAGUCUUUAUCUAUGAGAUCUUCUUCAAUCUUUACCGGCUUUCAAACCAUAACCCUGUUUAAUCUGUGUUCUCGCGUUCUACUUGUUUGUGUUGUUUUGUAGUAAAUCAGUUUUCGAAGAAUAUACACGAUGAAAAUAGGCACAAAGGACAAAACCAAKAAAGGAAAAGGGGUACAGAAAACCCAGGCGAAAACCGUGAAAAAUCUGUGCAAAAAAAUUAAGAAAACUCUCAAAGACUUAGGCGAGGACGACAUCUAGAGCGUUCUGGCCCAAAUCGAGCAAGAGGAGAAGAAAAGGCUGCGAGUUGUUGAGUGCCAUGUGGAGCCCCCGAGUCGGCGGGUGAACUUCAGCUUUGUCAGCCAUCCGGAUAAGGACCAGUUGAUUCUGUAUGGAGGGGAAUACUUCAAUGGGCAAACGACGUCCGUCUACAACGAGCUGUUCUUCUACAACAUCCCUAACAACAAGUGGACUUUGGUUAAAGCCCCAGCUGGUCCUCCGCCACGCUGCGGACAUCAAAUGGUGGCCUCAUCAGCCAAGAAAGGGCAACUAUGGGUCUUUGGCGGGGAAUUCGCCAGUCCUUCUCAAUCCCAGUUUUACCAUUACAGAGACCUUUGGGUUUACAGUAUCUCUGAUAAACAGUGGAAGAAAAUCACAGCCCCCGAAGGCCCCAGUGCUCGAAGCGGCCACAGGAUGGUUCUGGUUAAGAAACAGCUAUUAGUGUUCGGGGGAUAUCAUGAUAACAGCAUGGACUACAAGUACUUCAAUGAUGUGCACAGUUUCGACCUGGAGACCUAUAAGUGGAGGAAAAUUGUGCCGGUUGGCACCCCUCCAGCUCCAAGAUCGGGCUGUUGUAUGGUUCCUCUGCAGGAUGGCAGCGUGCUGAUCUACGGCGGCUACAGCAAGCAGAAGGUGAAGAAGGAUGUGGAUAAAGGCCACGUUUACACUGAUGCUUUCGUUCUGAGGCUGGACAAACACGAUGCGACUAAAACCAAAUACCAGUGGCAACAAGUGAAGCUGGGCAGUCAGCACUUUUCCCCCAGAUGCAGCAUGCCUGUAGUCACAGCAAUCAACGGCCAGUCAGCCUACUUCUAUGGGGGCGUCUUUGACAUCGAAAAAGACGAAGAAGUCAUAAGCGGCAACUUCUUCAACGACUUCCUGCAACUAGACUUGGAUAAAAUGGCCUGGACGCAACUGGAGUUGGCCAGCAAAAAGGACUUGAAAUCCAAAAGAAGACGAAACAAGGAGGAUGACAGUGAAGAAGUAGUUCCAGAUAACGGCGAUAGUGAACCGAGUGCCGAACAAGAGCAGCCCAUAGUGGUAUCGGACAGUGGAGUUUUCAAAGUGACGAUGGCCCCAAAAGUUCACUGUAAUGUCCAGUCAACCGGCCAGAACUUGGCGGAAAAAUCCGCGGUAUUCCAGCCGAGCCCCAGAAUUAAUUGCGGGCUGGCUAUUAAACAGGGAAUUCUCUAUUUGUAUGGAGGCAUGUUUGAGGAUGGGGAGCGGGAGCUGACCUUCAGUGACUUGUACAGCAUAGACGUGAGAAAGCUGGACGAGUGGAAGACCAUAAUCGAAGACGAUGCCUUCAAAAUGGAAUGGUUGGUAUCGGAAUCGGAGAGUGAAAGUGAGGAAGAAGACGAUGAUAGUGACAGUGGCUCGGAAAUGGAAAUCAACUAGAACUAGACUAGUGUGUGGGUCUCUUGUGCGGGAAGUUGGGAGAACUUCUUAAAACUCCAGACUUUGUUUAAUAUGUGAAAAAACAGCUUUGUAAAUAUAGAAUUAGAAAAUUAAA